AGACUUAAGUAACACAUACAUCACCUGAGAUAUAUAUAUAUAUAUAUAUAUAUCGAGCUUCGUUUUAUUAAUUACAUACAUCAUCAUACUCAAACAAUUUUCAGCAACCAUCUCAUCAUACAUAUCAUUCAUCUGUGAAAAUAUGGGAAACUGUUGCAAGCCCGCAUCAUCAUUGGAGUGGGACGGCGAGGACUGGAGCUUUAUGACUUCGGAUAACAAGUCCUCCACCAAGGUGUUUGACGAAACUCGUGGUCAUGCAUUGAAUUUAGGAAAAUUGCAGAAGGAGAAGCUUAUGGGAGCGCUAAGAGCUUCUUCUUCUGAUGCAAGUGGGAAAGUGACGAUAAGGAUUUCAAAGAAAGAGUUGGAAGAGUUGCUGGAGAAGCAGCAACAUCUUAAUAAGAAGCAAGUAGGACGAGCUUCUGCAGCACAAGUUUUGCUGCGCUUAAAAAACGCAAGAGAUCACGAUGCUCGUCACAGAUUGUGGAGACCCGUGCUAGAGAGUAUUCCUGAGGUUAGUUGAAUGAUGCUGCGAUUCACUACUGGUGC